GAAGUUUUGCAUCUGCAUCUAGAACCAAGCUCGAGGAAUUCCAUCAUCAACACGCAGAGAUCCCCACACUAUCCCGGCCCAUCCUCACUGCAGCGCGCAUAAGCCACUCGUUAAGCCCUACCAGAACAAAUCCAGAAAAGAAACACCGCAGAAAGAACAACAAGAAGCAUCAGCACCAUCCAUCAUCAUCACAGAGUGUCGGGUCAUACUAGCAAGACCCCUCCAUUCUCAACCUCCAAAAGAAACGAAAGACAAGAAAAACAUCCCGAGACCCAGUGUCUCAACCAGAAGACUCUCCCCACGCAAUGAGUUCCGAUCCCAAGUUCCCAUGCAGCAUACAGCUGCGCAUCCCCUUCCCUACGCCCCGCCUCGCCUCCACGGCCCUCAAAGCCCUCCAAGUCGACCCCGAACUCUCGCCCCUCGUCCAAAGACAUCUCUCCGUCGUCUCGUCCUCGUCCAGCUCCGACGACCAUGCGGAGGUGCUGCAGGUAGAAUACCAGGCCACGACCAAUCGCAUGCUGCGGGUCGCCGUCAACUCCUUCAUGGAGGGCCUCAAGCUCGUCUUGGAAGUCAUGGAGCAGUUGGAUGUCGACGUAUUAGCUGCAGACAAGGCGAAGUCAAUAAAGUCUCCAUGAAUAUAUAUCCCCA